AUGCGGCCACUGCCUACCGGGAUUUAUACGCCUUUGCCGUGUUUCUUCCACGAGAAUGAGGAUAUUGAUAUCGAGGCUUUGCAAAGCCAUGUCAAAUUCAUUGCGAGUGCGGGAACAAUCCCAGUAGUUUCCGGGUCUAUGGGUGAGGCUAUACAUCUGAACCGAGAAGAGAAAAAAACCAUCAUUCGGUCUGCUCGUGUCGCUUUAGAUGAGGUCAAUCUUCAUGAUGUUCCAAUCGUCGCAGGUGCGGGAGGAGCUAGUACUCGCGAGUCUAUUGAACUUUGCAAAGAUGCUGCAGAAGCCGGCGCAGAUUAUGUGAUGGUUAUCCCACCAGGGUACUAUGCCGGAGCUCUUUUGGCAGAUACCUCUUCGAUAAAGAAGUUUUUUGUGGAUAUCGCAGAAGCAUCGCCGUUGCCAGUUAUCAUAUACAAUUUCCCCGCCGUAUCAGGUGGAAUUGACAUGGAUAGCGAUUUGAUUGUCCAGAUAAUCCAGUCCUCCGCUAAUAUUUGUGGCGUGAAACUAACAUGCGCCAAUGUCGGCAAAUUGACUCGAAUCAUGGCUCAGGUUUCGAGACCAGAAUUCCAAGCGGCUUUCCCCCGAUCGUCGGCGACCCCCUUUCGGGCCAUCGAUGGGUUUAUUGACUUCUUGCUGCCAUCCAUUUCUGUUGGAUCAGCGGGUGCGAUCAGUGGUCUGCCAAACAUAGCACCGAAAUCAUGCGUGAAACUGUGGAAUUUGUGCCAAGACAGCGGGUCUAGCAAACAAGCCACUGAGCUACAGAACUUGAUUGCUCUUGCGGAUGGUGUGGCACUGAAGAUUGGAAUUGCGGGGAUGAAGAAGCUGUUGCAUCGACACUUUGGACGCAAAGUCGCUUGUGACAUGCCCAAUGGACCACCAUGCCUUCGAUGCACCAACAAAUAUCAAGAAUGCACGUUCGAAGAGGGCCCAGGGCCACGGAAGAGGGCUAGAUUGUGCGAACAAACUGAAACUUUUGGAACUUGCGAGCAGCCUGAUGGGUGGCAGGAUCUUUUGACCGAGACCCGACCGAACAUUGGGCAAAGUGAAGAUCUUGAGGCAGUAUCACCGCAGGGGAGCCUUCUGGGUGCUAAUCAAGAGCUCGAGUCAACAAGCCCCAGAACAAGUCAUUCGUCUCUCAGCCAAGAUGAUACAGCGAGCCUUCACUCGCGAAGCAGCCUCUCAUCCAGCCCUGGAAGAUUUCCACCAAGUCAAAAACUAGUAGCAACCAGUGACUCGCCUUCUCAAAUCAAUUCCCUUGAAUUUAUUCCAGACGCAUUUAGCUUCUAUAUCGGCCCAACGGGAGUGACUGAUAUUCAUAUCUUGAGCCACCAGAAAUACAACGAUCAAAAUGUCUCAUUACCAAAGGUGAAUGGCUUGAAAUAUCGAAUCAUGGACAACCCGGGUCAGAAAGAGAUGGCAACUGUUGACUUCUCUCCACCUACCGUUUUUGGUAUUACCGAUCACUCUCUUCUGGAAAAAGCGGAGCCAAAGCUUGAUCCACAACUUACGGAAAAUGGAUGGCCUCGUCUAUGGGCCAUGAUGGAUCCCACUGCAGCGUGGCAUCUUAUCAAAUUAUAUUCACGUUAUAUCGAUCCUUACUUUCCGAUCCUAUCCAGUCAUCAAAUACCAUCAUCAUCAGCUGAGUUGAACAAAAUGCCCCUGGCAUUAUUGACAGCAAUCUGCGCAACCGCGCUUCCAUUCGUCAUGUAUGACGAUAGUCUCUACACAAUGCUUUUAAAUCCGCCUUCUAGCGAGGAGUUAUACCGGCUUUGCUGGCUUUGUAUAUCGCAGGAGCUUCACGCUCCUUCUCUCGCGACACUUCAAGCAUGUCUGCUUCUUCAACAGCGACUUCCUACGAAUAUGUAUCUCUCCGAUACCGCGUUUGCAUGGACGCUCAUGGCCACCUCCCUGGCUGUUGCACAAACCAUUGGGCUUCAUCGAGAUACAGGAUCAUGGACGUCUAUUCCAGCGUGGGAGAAGAGGCUUCGGCGUCGACUCUGGUGGGGUCUCUAUGCCAUGGAGAAGUGGGUCGCCCUCGCAAGAGGAAUGCCCAGCCACUUAGGUGAUGAUGAUUACGAUGUUUCUAUGCUCAAGGCAGAUGAUAUACAAGAUACCCUAUCAGAUUCUCCGGAUACACAGAGUCAUAUCUAUCAUUUGUCAAAUUUGUCGACGAUACUUUCGGACAUUCAAAGGUCCUUUUAUUCGGUGAAGGCGAUCGGGAAGACAUCCAAUGACCUCCAAUACUCCUUGGACCUGGCACGGCCCAUGCGCGUGAGGCUUAAGGACUGGCGGGACAAUUUACCCAGCAAUCUGAGACCGGUCUCUAAUGCAGUCAUUUCUGGCGAAGACCUCGAUGGGAAUGGAUCACUUUAUCUGUCAUACAUAGUCACGCACGUGGCGCUUCUACGCGCUUUGCUACGGCCAUUAGAUCGAUGGCCGGCAAUAAUCAAGGUCAACAAAGAAGAGCCAGAGGCGACCUACGAGGGUGCAAAAGCAGUUGUCACAGGAGCAUUGCUAUGUGUUAAGGAAUUUGUUGAGUUCGUGGAAAGGCUCACUGGAGCUCAGUGGAAUGCAUUUUGGCAUAGUUGGAGUCGACCUAAUUUUGCUAUCGCUGGUUCCUUCAUGGUGCAUUUACUACAAAUUGUCACGCCACCCAAUCAGACUGACAGUCAAUCAAUGCCCGAACUUUUAAAAUACUCCUUUGAGAAAGAACAUACUGAACUACAAGACUGGAUUCGCAGAUGGCGCUGGGCAACGCGCAUCUCAGCAAAUGGCGCAGCAGGGGUUAAAGGCUUAACAAACCUCGGAUUUAUCAAGGUGGAGACUCUAAUUGGAAAUGGGACAUAG